AAUUUACAGACCUAUUAGAAAAAACGCUUUUGCACCGAAUAUGAAAUGAAUAGAAAUUAGUCUUGGGAGAUUUUCUCAUAUACUACAGGCUUCACGUAAUUUAUUCAUUAUGGCCAUUCCGCGUGCAUUUAGCUUGAGAUAUAUAUUUUUUCCCAUCGCCGGUGUUACAUUUAUUUUAUUUAAAUUUUCUAAUUUGCAAGUAAUGGCACGCCUCAUGAAAGACUGAAGAUAAUAAAUACAAUAUAAUUUGACAUUAAAAGAGAUAUUAGGCUAUGUAGGCUAUAUUGUGGCUACUGGAGUCGGAACCAAAUAAUCUGCACCGGUGACAUCAGCUGCCCUUCAUGUGCGCACGGGAGCGCAGCACAGGCAGUUUGGUCCGACUCGACUCCACAAAGCGCGCACAAUGACGGGGAAUCACUGGGGAUAUGGGAAGACGGACGGUCCUUCUGUGUGGCAUGAAAACUUCCCUGUUGCUCAGGGAAAACGACAGUCCCCGAUUGACAUCGUCCCCCAAGAAGCUUCGCACGACCACAGUCUGGCUCCAAUUGUCCUGAACUACGAUCGCUGUACUUCACUCAACAUCUCCAACAAUGGACACUCUGUCGUUGUGGAGUUUGAUGACUCGGAUGAUCGUUCAGUGAUCCAGGGAGGCCCGCUCGACAACCCCUACAGACUGAAACAAUUUCACUUCCACUGGGGUGGAAAGGGGUGCAAUGGCUCUGAGCACACUGUUGCAGGACACGCCUACGCUUCCGAGCUUCAUUUAGUUCACUGGAAUGCCGUCAAGUACAAGAGUUUUGGGGAAGCGGCAACAGCUCCCGACGGCCUUGCAGUCCUCGGCAUCUUUUUGGAUACGGGGGAUGACCACAGAUGGCUCCAUAUAAUAACAGACGCUCUUUACAUGGUGAAAUUUAAGGGCAGCGUCACAGAUUUCAAAGGCUUCAACCCCAAGUGCCUCCUACCCAGCAGCCUCCACUUCUGGACCUACCUGGGCUCACUGACCACGCCCCCUCUUCACGAGAGCGUCAUCUGGAUCGUCCUGAAGGAUCCAAUUGUGGUGUCUGAAAAACAGCUGGGGAAGUUCAGAAUGCUUCUGUUCAACGGAGAGGAAGAGGAUCAGAGGACACACAUGGAAAACAACUUCAGGCCUCCUCAGCCUCUCAAGGGCAGAAAAGUGCGUUCCUCCAAUUAACGUGACCUCAACCGAUCUCAUAAAUGAUGAAAUCUGUUUUUUAGACGGUGACCGCAUUAAUCCGACUGUACUUUCCCCUUCCACGUAGCCUGUCCUGUGAUUUCUAAUGUAUUUUUUUGUACUAAAAGAGUGGGAAAAAGAUUCUCAUCACUGCCGGAUUAUUUGAGAUGCAUGUUUCCCUCUACUGGUCAGAAAUGUCAAUGGCAGCAAGAAGAAUCAGAUUUUGAAUAAUUUAGGGAAAAUAAAAGGGAUUUUACGAAGCAAUAUACUGUAAUAAUGCCAGCGCUUAAGAAUGAAAAGUCAAAUAAUAAAACUGCCGUAUGCUUUUUGAGGUGGUAUGUUAAUCUAAGAUGUAAACAUGAGCUGAAGAUUUAAAUGCUGGGCAUGUAUUGGUGCCUCCAUAGUUAGCAGCAAACCCCUUUCAAUAACUGCUCCAUACACCAGUGCAGCCUGUUGCUGUUUACAGACUGGUACCAUUCCUCGCUGCAGCCUGUAUCCAAAGCCUUGGCCUCCUUGCUUAUCUGAUUGAUCCCCCGUUGAUCCAGCCUAUUGCUGGUGGAUUCCCCGUCCUUGAGGCCAUAGAUCCCUUCGAGUCAGAUUAGUGCUGCAUUAGCUAAACUCCUGUGAUGACCAUGACUGUGGGCAUGAAGGUCUCCGGUCCUUAAAGCUCAUGAGACGGAGAUAUAUGUGUGUGUGUGUAUAUAUAUAUAUAUAUAUAUAUAACCCCUUAACAGUGUGAUCAUUCGGGACUUAUCCAACACCAGCAACCCUAACAAGGCAAUAAUGAAUUUAGUUUUUGAAUCAAAAUAUUUUCAUACUGUCAUAUUUGCUGGUUUGGAGUUUGCACUGAUCUCAACAACUUGAAAAAAUUAAAAAUACAUGCGCGGACUCGUAUGUACAUGCCUCAGUGAGAGCUCGGUGCUGCGUUUGGGAGAGUUAUGGCAGCUUUGUUUAACGCUGGUCCUUAGUUUAGAUGGACUGGGAUUUUGCUAAUGCAGUGGUAUGGCAGGGAUUUUAUUUAAUCACGCACAUAUAAGGAGUGACGCGUCAGUUAGGGUUGUUUUGUGUUUGUGGAAGAACAGUUAAAAUGUAAUUUAUGGGUGGUGUGAAUAUUUUUGUAAUGCAUUCAAAAUUCUUGCCAUGUUUGCUGAAGGAAAUAAAAUUCUGAAUAACUUUGACAUUUU